AUGAGGAACCGCGACCUUGUGCCUGUGGUACUGCAGACAGCGCCGGCCUCAUUUGAACGUCAACCGGAGCCGUGGAGGGGUACUCGGAGGCCCGAGUCAGGGGAGGGCAUGGGGCCCGAAAUCGAGCAUCUGGAACCUCUCGAGGCAGCGAGACGGAACGACAAGACGGUCAAGACGGUGGCCAGAGGGGGGGAUCCAUCGGGCGACAAAUGCAGCAGAGCUUGGCUCAAACGCCCAGAAAUCGAGAGUCUGGCUGGACGUAUCCAUACGGAGUCUGAGAGAGGAUUCGAGGAAUACGUGGAGAUGUUGGGAGAGUGCCACAGUGCUGGGCAGAAGUCUUGGCCUUUGGAGGAGACGGCGUGCCCGAGAGAGGAGUGA